AUGUUGAACCGGAGAAGCACCGAAUCCGGCUUUGCGUCUCACGUGAUGCAGACACAGGAUGAGAUCUCUCGGUGCAAUACCAUGAACUCACCACUCCUACGUCUUCCAGCUGAAAUCCGCAACAUGAUUUGGACCUUCGCCCUGGACCGUGGCCAAGACAUUGAGUUGCUUCGUCACUCUGAACUUCGCUUUCCACACACGCUCCAAAAUUAUCUGAGUCUCCUCUUCGUCUGCCGGCAGAUCCACGCAGAGACAGCUCUUCUUCCCUAUGAGCUCAAGACCUUCAGUAUGCUUAGCCCUGGUAGAAGCUAUCUCGUCAGGUUUCUCGAGCGGAGGACCGUCGUGCAGAGGGAGGUAAUGGCGGGUGUGAAGUGGUCGUGGUAUGGGUCUGCGCCGGAGAUGCACUCUGCGGUAGAGUGGUUAAGGAUGAGUAGGGUUCGCAAGGAUAGUUGGUGA